AUGGUCCCUCUUCACCCAUCCCCUCAGCCGGCAGCUUCUGCCAACCAGCUGCCCACUCUGCACUCGGCCACCGCCGACAGACGAUCCGCCUCCUACACUUCGCCAGCCAACGACCACGAGUCCUCCCCAGCCAAAUACGUCUCCCCCCGCAGCAACAUCGACAUCCAGAUUCGCGAAUACCACAACAGCAUCAAGGCCACCCUGACGGCGCUUCUGAAUGAUCAACGAGUAAGAAAAAAUCCCGACGGCAGCAAAUGCGUCCAGUCCUUCCUUCUUGAAGCGGAGAGGAACUUACGAAAAGAGAAGAGAAAGUCGAUCGGCUCGCGUCCGCCUGAUGAGAAGCUCUAG